AUGGCCCCUCGCCAGCGCAAAUGCGUCUUUCUUAAUCUUGAUAAGUUCAACGAUCAGCUCGCUCUCGCUUACGAUAAUCUAAAUAAAAUUCAAGAAGCUAAGGAUAAGCUGCUUGCUUGCAAGCAAGGUACGGACGCUCUCUAUAUCUACGUCUUACGCUUCGAACGACUUUUGCACGCUGCUCGCUGUCAAACCUGGCCCGACGCUAAUAAGAUUAUUGCGUUCCGCAAUAGUCUAAACUCAACUAUACGGACCCGUCUAAAUGGCCAAUUGACUCUCCUAACUACGUAUACUGAAUACGUGUACGUCACUCAGCAGCUUGGACGCUCUUCCGGCUCUUCCGGCUCUUCCGGCCCUUCCGGCCCGUCCUACGGAUUUUCUCGACCUUCGGCACCUUCGGCCCCUCUUCAAAACCGCCCUCGCACGUCAACGGGCCCUCCCCCCGGCGACCCAAUGGACCUUUCAGCAGUCGAACGCGCUCAACAACUCGAGCAAUUACAGCACGCUAACGAGCUCGGCGCUAUAGAGCUUAUCGACGCUCACGAGGCUGACCAAACUCAGCUGUUGGAAGAACGAUACCCCACUCUCUAG